UGGGCAUCAUGGUCGUAAGGUAAAGAAACAAUACAGCUACCGAAGAACUAUGAGCAACAUUUGGAACAGGCGUGUUCCACUUGUAUAUAAGUAUUCUGCCUACACCCAGAGGCUACCAGAUCUAGUCUAGGAGAACAUAAACAGACUUGAAGUGCGGACUGUUUCCGGGAGAGGCGCAAUAAAAUACCGGUCUAUUGAAAAUGGACCUAAAACCUUUGCUGGGGAAGUUGGCCACGGGAGGCCGUGCUGCAUUGACCAUCCUCUUCGCCCUAUUAGUGCUGGGGGUGAUGGUGUGGGCCUAUGUUCAGGGCUUCACACUAGCUAACUCAGAAUAUCACCUUAUUGCCUUUGGUUUCUAUGGCCUCCUCCUGGGGAUCCAUGUCCUGGUACAGAGCCUGUUUGCCUUUGUGGAGCACCGUCGCAUGCGGUCCCGCACAGAGCCUUGCAGCUACACCAAGACCAUCGGACUCACCAUCUCUGCAUACCAGGAGGACCCCGCCUACCUGAAGGAAUGCUUAAACUCAGUACGAGCCCUGCAGUACCCACCUGAGCUUUUGAGGAUCAUUAUGGUGGUGGACGGAAACACUGAGGAAGAUGUUUACAUGAUGCAGAUGUUCAGGGAGGUCUUUGCCGAUCAGAACCCUGGCUUCUAUAAGUGGGACCAUAACUACCACACCUGGGACCCAAGGCGACAGACAGAGGAGCAACAGGGAGAACAGGCAGCAGACCAGUCAGUUGGCCCAGCUUUGGGGGCUGGGGAGGAAGACCCCCAGAGGAUCGAAGUGGAAGAGUUGAUCAGAACCACACGGUGUGUCUGCAUCAUGCAGCAGUGGGGUGGCAAGAGGGAGGUGAUGUACACAGCCUUCAAAGCAUUAGGAGACUCAGUGGACUAUGUGCAGGUGUGUGACUCAGAUACCAAGCUGGACCCGCUGGCUACAGUGGAGCUUUGCAGAGUGCUGGAGAGCAACCCAAAGUAUGGUGCCGUGGGAGGUGAUGUAAAGAUCCUGAACUUGAAGGACUCCUAUGUCAGCUUCAUGAGUAGCCUGAGGUACUGGAUGGCCUUCAAUGUGGAACGAGCCUGCCAGUCCUUUUUCAACUGUGUCUCCUGCAUCAGUGGCCCCCUGGGUCUCUACAGAAAUGACCUCCUUCAGCAGUUCUUGGAAUCCUGGUACAAUCAGAAGUUCCUCGGGACACACUGCACAUUUGGAGAUGACCGUCAUCUCACCAACCGCAUGCUAAGCCUGGGAUAUGCAACCAAGUACACAGCUCGGUCUAAGUGCUCCACGGAGACCCCAGCCCAGUUUCUGAGGUGGCUGAACCAGCAGACGCGCUGGACAAAGUCUUAUUUCCGCGAGUGGCUCUACAACGCCCUGUGGUGGCACAAGCACAGCCUGUGGAUGCCCUACGAAGCCAUUGUGUCGGGCAUUUUUCCAUUCUUUGUCACGGGCACUGUCAUCAAGCUGUUCUGGGCAGGCUCCCUGUGGAACAUCCUCUGGGUCCUCUGCUGCAUCCAGAUCAUUGGCCUGAUUAAGGCCUUCUACGCCUGCCUCCUCCGCAAGAACUUCAUCAUGAUCUUCAUGUCGCUCUACUCCAUGCUGUACAUGACCAGCCUCCUCCCUGCCAAAUAUUUUGCCAUAAUCACCAUGAACAAGAGCAGCUGGGGCACCUCGGGCAGACGUAAGAUUGUGGGUAACUACAUGCCCCUCUUACCUCUCUCAGUCUGGGCAGCCAUUCUGUUAGCUGGCUUGUGUUACACUAUUUAUCGGGAGACCCGGGAAGAUUGGACUACGCCUGCAAAGAAACUGGAAAUCCAGUUCUUGAUUUACGGCUCCGUUGCCUAUGUCCUUUACUGGCUUUUCAUGAUCAUGCUCUACUGGAUAUGGUUCCGGAAGUUGUGUCGUAAACGGUCAGAAAGUUACAACGUGAGCGUGUAAUACAUUAAUUCUAGACUCUUAAGACAGGAGAGAAUGGUGCAAUAUUUAUUUUCUUGGAUCCUGAAAUAUUCUUGAAUGUUAUUUAUUCAUUUAUUUAAUGUGUUGUUAAUUUUUACUGAAAGCCCAAAACUGUGUUUAAAAAAAAACUCACUGUACAUAUUGAAAAUACCUAAAGGAAGUGGUGGCUCUCCUUUCACUCCAGAUGGGAGUACAGGGUCAAAGAUGGCAGCAUUAAUUAACAGUACCUUAUGACAGGUGCAAUUUUGUCAUUCAAAGAAAAGACAGUUUGAUAUUGUCUCAUCAGAGUGUCUGUGCGUACCAUUUUCUGUACUGCAAGGAAAGACCCUAUAUUGUCACACAGCUCUUUUAAAAAGUUAUAAGAAUAUAAAAUGUUGACCAUUUUGCUUUGCACUAGCAGUUUUUUGUACCAGUAUAGAGGAUUGUUAUGGCAUGUACAGCACAAAACAGAGAGCCAUCAUCUAAUCUAUGGUAAAAAUGUGACUGUAAAACAUGAAGGCUGAUCAUGACGCAGAUAAAACUUGGACAUUAACCUGAAUUUUAACAAGAAUCUGCUUUGAAACACGUCUGUUGGACAUGCUCAGAAUUUAACUUAAAAAUUGUAGACUUGGCAGGAAGUUUGAUUUCCUAUUGUGCAUUAAUGCAGGACUCAAUGUGUGAGAACCAAAAUGUUUUUAUUGCAAAAUGCAAAUAAUACACUGUUUCACAUCA